AUGUCAGCUAUCGAUUCCGAUCCAGAACAGGCUGAAAUUGAGCUUGUGAAUGGCUUUGGUGCAGAUUCGUUGGAGUCUACCCCCGUUCCUCAUGGAAGAAGAACGACCAAAAGAUGGUCCUUCCACAACCAUGGUAAACCUGUAUUAUUUGAUAAAUCAGGUGGAAAUACCAAGAGAAGAUUAAGUGAUAUUGAUAUGGUCCAUAAAGAGAUUGAUCCUUUCCAUAUUAGCCCAGCCCAAUUAUAUUCAACCGAGUCCGGAAGAUUGUUCCAUGCUGGUAAGAUUUGUAUAGUAUUAUGUGGACUUCCAGGAAGAGGUAAAACUCAUUUGGCUGUAUCCUUAACUCGUUAUUUACGGUGGUUAGGAGUUAAAACACAUUCCUUUCAUUUGGGUAAUUAUAGAAGGGCCAAAGCAGAAGCAGAUUUGGAUUUUGAGUUAUUCAUGCCCAGAGUUGAAGAUAAUGCCUUUAGACAAAACAUUGUAGGUGAAUGCAUUGAUGACAUCUUACACUUUUUUGAGAAUGAUAAGGGUCAAGUUGCAAUUUAUGAUGCUGUUAAUGCAUUACCUGAACAUCGAUUGGAAUUGAAUGAUAAGUUUGCUCAAUUAAAUAUCCAAGCUUUAUUCAUUGAAAGUUUGGUCACUGAAGAUCAAAUUAUUUCAAAGAAUGUUGAACAAGCAGCACGGUCUUCACCAGAUUAUAAGAACUGGGAUUAUGCCAAAGCUUAUAAGGAUUAUAGUGAUCGGAUUAAAGUAUUAACACCAUAUUAUUUGGAAAUGGGCGAUUUAGAAACGAAAUUGAGCUACAUUAAGUUUAUUAAUUUUGGUGAACGGAUAGAAUUACAUAAUUCCAAUUAUGGAUACUUGAUUCAAAAAGUUGUGUUUUAUUUGAUGAAUUCUAGAAUCAAAUCUGGGUCAGUUUUCUUUGCCCGGUGCUAUAAGAAUGACUUGGACUUUUCAUUUGAUCCUCCAUUGGAUUCUGAUGGUGAUGUAUAUGCAAAGAAUUUGACGGAAACAAUUUUACGUUAUAUGAAAAAGCAAGGGAAACCCUUGUCAUUAGUAAGUGAUCGUAAGGACAAAGAAGCGUUGUCAUUAGAUCAACGUCAUCCUACAGCUGGGGUUGACGGUACAAGUCACGACUCCUUUGUUGUAUGGACUUCAGUGAAACAACGUACAAUACAAGCCACCAAAUACUUGAGUCAAUAUACUACCAACAUCAGACAUAGGAUUCAAUUGGCACAAAAGAAUCCUGGUGUUGCCUUUGGAAUGACCGAGGAAGAAAUUAAAAAGGAGUUCCCCACCGAUUAUGAAAACUUUGUAAAGGAUCCAUACCAUCAUCGGUUUUCAAGAGCUGAAUCUUACCAUGAUUUAGCCAUUAAAAUUGAACCUUUGAUUUUGGAAAUGGAACGUAUGAGUGGAGACAUUCUUAUUAUUGCAGAUGAGACUGUACUUCGGGUAUUCUAUGGAUAUUUAAUGUCUUGUAACUGCUACGACAUUCCAUCUUUGAACUUUGCAACCGAUGAAAUCAUUGAGAUUAAAUUCAAUGCUUACUAUAAUUCAGCUAAGGUUAUUCCUAUUAAAGACUUUAGCUCUUCAGCCAACGCUCUGGCUCUGGUAUCACCUGAGUCGUUGUAA